GCAGCGCGGGCGGGAAGGUUGUAGUCGUGAACGGCGCUGUGGUUUCCCUGGCUCUGAGUGGUCGCGCCCCCCUUGACAGCCGCGGGGCGACAGCGACGUUUCCCGGGCAUCCUGGCGUCCCCGCCGCAGGAGACCAUCCGCGAUUCCUGUACGGAGCCAGCCUCGGGCCUCCGGCCUCUACCUUUCCCGGCCUCUCCUGCAGGCAUCAACGCAUCACUCCAGUAGCAUCCGUUCUCCGAAAGCACUGUUCACACCUGUUUGAGACCGGGUCUCACUCACUGCGUAGCCCAGGCUCGCCUCCAACUUGCAAUCCUCCUUCCUCUGGACUGCUAGUUGUAAACGUGAGCCACUACACCGGCUUUGUGCACACCUCUUAAUAAGCUGUUUUGAUGACUAUAAAGUGCUGAUCAUUUGCCACUGAACAUAACUGAAGCAGAAGAACGGAAUAUGGCAGCAAACCCUUCAGGACAAGGUUUUCAAAACAAAAAUAGAGUUGCAAUCUUGGCAGAACUGGACAAAGAGAAGAGAAAAUUACUUAUGCAGAACCAGUCUUCAACAAAUCAUCCUGGAGCUAGCAUUGCACUCUCCAGGCCUGCUCUCAAUAAGGACUACCGGGAUCAUGCUGAGCAGCAGCACAUUGCCGCCCAGCAGAAGGCAGCUUUGCAGCAUGCUCAUGCACAUUCAUCUGGAUACUUCAUAACUCAAGACUCAGCAUUUGGAAAUCUUAUUCUUCCUGUUUUGCCUCGCCUUGACCCAGAGUGAAGAAAAUAUCUGUGAUGAGAAUGACUGUAAUGUCCAGUGCCGGAGCUACCCUCAUUCAGUGCUGUGCCAACAGACUUUCAGAAUUUUGGUGGACUUACGUAUUGUUUGUUUCUUUAAAAGAAAGGAAUGUAUAAGUGAAAGGAAAAAGCAGGGUGCCAGGUGAUGAGAACUUUGGCUGCUGUGCUGUCUGAGGACUGAUUAUGCUGCCCAUGUCUGUAACUUCCUUGUUGUGUCCUUUGAUUUUUAACUCUAAAUCCUACUCUCAACUGGAUAGUCACUUAAUAGUGGACUGAAUACUAUGUCCGCCAUAUUAUCAAGAAUCACUUGUGGAACUUAACUAAAGAAACAAAAAUUUUUAAAUGUAAAUCAAUAGGCCUGAGUAAAUUUUAUAGUCAUGUUUGUAAUUUAUAGGAUUGUUGUCAGUGCAUCUUUUGAGUUUAGAGUCAACAUCGUCAUCCAGAAAUAUUUUUUGUGAAUAGUGACUAGUUCUGCUAUUACCAGUUUAAAAAGAAAACCCAAAGUAAGACUAAAUUACCACCUAGUCUUAAACAUCUUGUAUAAAUGGAUAUGGUAAAUGAUGUGACUAAAUAAUGUUAUUAAAAACAAUUAUAAGUAUUGUGGUGGCUUUAAAUCUGUACAAGUUCUUAGUGUAACUGUAUAAAUGGUGUGCCAGUGUGGUUUUAUUA